UUGAAAAUGGAUGGAAGGGUGGAAGAGUUACAGACAGUUGGAUUAUACAUUAGUUGACGUGGCUGAAUCUGGAUCGUGAAUUGGUUGAGUGGGGGGUGGGGACCUAAAGGGCAAUGUUCUGUUCUGUGUUUCAAAAACGCAACUGCAGAAUUAGAGGGAGAGAGAGAGAGAGCGAGCGAGCGAGCGGAGAUAUCUUCACCGAUGGUUUUAUAGAGAGAGAUACAGAGAGCGAUGUCGACACCACUGAUUCGGCGGCUGGCACCGUACCUGGCAGCGCGAUUCCGACAGAACGAGAGGUUCAUCAACUCCGUUCCUGCUUCUUCUUCUUCUUCGGCUUCUAUUCUUCACCGUUCAACUCCGACUUCCUCUUCUUCUCCUGAGCCCGUUCACAUGACCGAAAGCUGCGUCCGAAGAAUGAAAGAACUAGAAGCAACUGAGUCAUCAUCUGAUGGAAAACUGCUUCGUCUGAGUGUAGAAACCGGUGGAUGUUCUGGAUUUCAGUACGUUUUUAAUCUGGAUGACAGAAUCAACUUAGAUGACAAAGUUUUUGAGAAAGAAGGGAUUAAACUGGUUGUUGACAAUAUCUCAUACGAUUUUGUCAAAGGUGCAACUGUUGAUUACGUUGAGGAGCUAAUCCGUUCAGCCUUUGUGGAUGGGCCUUUAACCCACAUGUAUAAGAGGAGUUAUAAAAGAAUAGAGAAGGGUUCGAACUUCAAAGGAAUUGGGCCAGUGGCUAAGCAUCUGGGGUCGGAAAUGAGCAUGAUAGUUUAUUAGCAGGACAAUGGAGAGUGAAAAAUGAUGCUGCAAUUACCAAUUAAGCGUAAACCUUGUCAUGGAGAUAAAAUGAAUGAAGGGAAGGAUGAGUGUAGUAAAGGGGGGAGAGUGGAAUUUAGGAAAGAAUUGGGGCUUAGGGCUGGGAGGAUAGCUUGUCUAGCAGCACUAAAUUUCAACUUUAUUUCUGCAUUUCUCUAUUAUCAGUUCCUUCCAAUUUCCAGUAUCUACUCUAGAAUGUCCUAAGCAGUAUUUUUAUAUAGUAAGAGUUUUCCUCGUUAAUUUUCUAUUCUACUUUUAAUCCCAGUACCAGUUGCUUUCUUAUUACAAAUGGAACUUUGUUAUAAUGUUCAUAUGGCAAUUCAAGUCUUGAGACGAAAUUUGUCUGUAAACUGCAGCAAAAUGUCCCAAACAUGGUUUAUCUUAUAAGUUUCAUGGUAUUAUUUUUUUCUUUGAAGAUAAGUUCUGUGUGUGGGGUUACACCAAGUGGAUUAGAAUUUAAUCAUGUUUGCAAUUAGACCACUUACAUCCAAAUCUUUUUCAAUUUUUUCACAUAAAGUUUUCUGAGUUUUUAUCUUUAGCUAUUGAACUGUCCUCCGUAUAAGAUAAUCUCCCUGUUAGAACUUCUACAACCUUAAUCCAUUGAUUCCUAAAUAACUCAUGGUGAUAAUUCACCUUCUUCUGCACAAUAGGUGCUAUACUAACUUUUCUAAUGUAUUUGUUCAUCACCCGAUUGUCCAGUGUGUUGACACUUCCAAUGUAAAAUGAUCAUCUAUACAAAUACAAUAUUAAGCUUUUUUAUUUUGUUGGUUCUAUUAAUGACCAAUAUUCACGUUCAGUCUCUGUAUAGACAUAUUUGGUCUUUUUCCCCACAGAACAUUGUUGCUCUUGGUAGAUGCGUGGCAAAAUCUUUCCAUAGGCUUUUUCAUGGUACCUUUUUUAGUCAUAAAUAACACUGCAAACACUCCUUUGUUUCA